UUCGCCAUGGGUGAACCCUGGUCAAAUAUAUUGUAGGAAAAUUGGACAACCUUUUUUGCAGUGUGAACAGCAAAAUAUGUAGAUAUCGGAAGAACCAUAAGAAUACAGAAGGUGGCAACAUUAAAAUCAAAAAUUAAUGUUUAUGUUACCAGAAAAAUAGAUCUUUAUUUUAAAUUUCGUUUUUUAUUAAACGGUUUCAAUUAGUUGGAGCAGAAUGUCGGCAAAGCCAGCAGUUUUGAUAAUAGAACCAUUUUAUGGCGGUAGUCAUAAACAGUUGAUUGACACAUUGAUCGAAUGUUUAAAUGUGAGUGACUAUGAAAUUUUCAGUCUUCCAGCCAAAAAGUGGCAUUGGAGAGCUCGGACAGGAGCUUUGUAUUUUUCCCAAACGAUUCCGCAGAACCACGAAUACAAAAUCCUAUUUAGCUCCUCCGUACUGAACUUGGCUGAAUUGCUGGGUUGUCGUCCGGAUUUGAAUGUAUGCAAAAAAGUCUUAUAUUUUCAUGAAAAUCAGUUAGUCUAUCCCGUGCGAGAGGUUAAAGAAAGGGACUGUCAGUAUGGCCUUAACCAGAUAAUGACUUGCCUUGCAGCAGACUAUGUCAUAUUUAACUCCAAUUUCAAUCGCACAUCCUUUUUGGACAACAUAACGCCGUUCCUUAAUAUUCAACCAGAUUUGAAACUGAAACACUUGCGUGAGAAAAUUGAAAAAAAAUGUGAAGUGUUGUACUUUCCCAUCAAAUUCCAUGCCUUUCCCAACAAGCGCCUUAUUGUCGGUGGUGAUGUACAAAUGAAUUCCCUUACGACAGAGAAUGCCAAUGAUUGCCUACAUUUGAUAUGGCCGCAUCGUUGGGAGCACGAUAAGAAUCCAAAAUUAUUGGUUGAAGUGUUGUUGGAAUUGAAUAAGCGUCAAGUGGAUUUUAAAGUGACUAUAUGUGGAGAAACGUAUCACACGUCGCCUGAAGCGUUUGAGGGUCUGCAAGAAAAGCUAGGUUCAAAGUUGGUGAAUUUUGGGUUUCUUUCACGGGAUAAAUAUGUGAAAACGCUUCUGGACGGCGACGUAGUCAUAUCGACAGCUGGACAUGAAUUUUAUGGAGUCGCAAUAUUUUUCAGCAAAACCUUUUUAAAUAAAUUUGCGAGGCAUAACCAAUAGUAUUCUGCGGGGUGUUCUUCCAAACUGCAGCUUUUGGUACAGGAGUUUUUGACAUUUUUCAUAAAUGAUUUUAUGCAAUAGGUAAAGAUUUUUUAUGUUAAUAAAAUCGCCAAAUAUCAUAUUGCAUAUGCUUUCUUCAUAGGCCGAACAGCUCUCCUAUCAAUUUAGACCAUGAACGUAUCUUAUUAUUGUAUUGCAUAGCAGAGUACAGGCAGUAACAAAAUUUUGGCCAAUGUGUUUUGACGCAAACAAUUGUUUGGUACAGUGGCCUUUGAAUACCAAAUAAUUUUCCAGUAGUCGCAUCCAGUGUUGCCACUCAUGAAUAUUAUUUCCUAUUACAACAACCAAUCCUAAGGCAGCCGGUCGUGCGUACCGGAUUGACUCGAUGGAGUACUUCAUGGGCAAGGGCUGCCGCCACUGCUACAACAACAGCAACAAUCCCUGCAAACAAUCCCAACACUGCUACAAUCCCAUGGCAGCCGGUUGUACGUACCGGAUUGACCCGAUGAAUUCCUUCAUCGGCAAGGGCUGCCGCCUCAGUGUACCACACACUGCUACUACAACAACAACAGCAACAACAUUAUUUCCUACCAAAAUUUGAGAAAAAUCCUACCAAACGCGACCAAAACCUACCGAAUGUUCUACAAGCCAAUACUGCGGUAUAUGUUUUUAUACCCACCACCGAGUAGUUGGUCAUUUUGCCAUUCCAUUUGGAACACAUCAAACUAUACAUUUUCAGUGCUGCAAGGUACUAGAUCGUCGUUAUUCAUAUAGGAUCUAGACGUGUCCGUCCGUCUGUUUUUUGAACUCACUCUACAGCCUUACAUGGCCUAUAUCUUGAUAUCGCUUUUUUACCGAUCUUCCGAUAAGAAUUCCUGAGUUCGUAAAGUAUUUUUGCCCCGAUUUCAAUGAACAACCGUGUCGACUUUGGAUAAAGCGAUCUCCCGGUUUAAGUGGUUGGGCCCAGAAGUGAGCCUCAACCACCUAUUUUCGAUCUCCAGAUCAGACCAUAUUUGUAUGCAUCUACCACGUAGCCCUGCCAUAUUGACUCACAAAAGCCGCAGUUACAAUGAAAAUCAGAACAUACGCCCUUUUUUCUGAAAUUUGAAGCAGUGAGAACCCGAAUAACAGUAUUUGGCCCUUCGACAUAUAAGGUUUUGUUCUGCACUCUUAAAAAUACAAAGAAACGACAAGUGAAUUAAUUUUAAGUUAUCCCCGGCGAUUUUUUCAGUAAUUCACUUGGUAUUCAUAUGUUAGAAAAACCUAUCAAAAUUGAGGUUUGGUAAUAAUAGCUUUGAUUCCAAAAAAAUUUGUCCCGUUCAAAAAUGAAAUAUUUAUAUGAAAACUGCCUGAACUAUUUAACUUUCUACUAGAAUAUUACUAGGACUUUGCCUUUUUGCUUACCAUCUAAAUUUGAAGGUGGUAAAUACUUUCUUCCUUUAAAAAAAUUAAGAAAAAGUGAUCUGUUAUUGAUGUCCAAAUUUACUUCAGUUUUACAUUCUUUUUGCACAACAAAUUAACUUUUGUUAUAACCUUUUGUGACAAUCAGAACAGAUACUGAAAAUCUUUGAAUUCAUUUAGAAAGGACCAUUUUUCUCGGUGUGGGCGUCAUUUUAAGGUGGUAUGAAAAACAAUUUUUCAAUUUUUGAUGGUGAAAUAAAAUCGAGAUUUAAUCAACCAUUUUUGAUUUCUCUUUUUGAAGGCUGGAGGCAACAUACUGCGGCUGCAUGCCCAUAGCACCGAACAAAUUGGUCUAUCCUGAGUUAUACCCUAAAGAGAAUCUGUACAACACU